CUCUGUCUCCCUUGCAGCUGCCCUGGGGCACGGCGCGGAGGGCCCAGAGCCAUGUCGGACUUGGUGCUGCUGGGCCUGAUUGGGGCGCUGACGCUGCUGCUGCUGCUGACCCUGCUGGCCUUCGCCGGGUACUCGGGGCUGCUGGCUGAGGUGGCCGUGAGCUCUGGCUCACCCCCUGUCCGCAACAUCACCGUGGCCUACAAGUUCCACAAGGCACCCUAUGGCGAGACGGGUCACCUUUUCAAUGAGAGCUGCAGCGUCUGCCCCAAGUUCCGCUCCAUCGCCGUCUACUAUGACAACCCCCGUACGGUAUCCCCUGAGAAGUGCCGCUGUGCAGUGGGCAGCAUCCUGAGCGAAGGCGAGGAAUCGCCUUCCCCUGAGCUCAUCCGCCUCUACCAGAAGUUUGGCUUCAAGGUAUUCUCCUUCCCAGCGCCCAGCCACGUGGUGACGGCUACCUUCCCCUACACCACUCCUCUGUCCAUCUGGCUGGCCACCCGCCGUGUCUACCCGGCCAUGGACGCCUACAUCAAGGAACGGAAGCUGUGUGCACACCCGUGGAUGGAGAUCUACCAGCAAGACCAGAUCCAUUUUAUGUGCCCCCUGGCGCGGCAGGGGGACUUCUACGUGCCUGAGGUGAAGGAGACCGAGCGAAAGAGCCGGGGGCCUGUGGAGGCUAAUAAUACCACCCCGAUGGACGGCACAGGGAUCAAACCUGUGCUACCAGCGGGAAACCUGACGAGCCAGGAUGCACACGCAGGCCUGUCUGCUCUCAGCCCACCUGCCUGCCAUCGCCGUGACCCCUGUGACCUCUGGCUGCCCCCAGGAGCUGACACAAGUGACACAAGUUCUGUAAGCCUGGAGGUGGGGCCCGGCAGCCGGGAGACUUCAGCCACCACACUGUCCCCCGGGGCAGGUAGCCGCAGCUGGGACGACGGUGACACCCGCAGCGAGCACAGUUACAGCGAGUCGGGCGCCAGCGGCUCGUCCUUUGAGGAGCUGGACCUGGAGGGCGAGGGCCCCCUGGGGGAGCCACACCUGGGUUCAGAGACAGAGCCUGCAGGGGCUGACAAGUGGCCCCGGGAGCCCAGUACCCCUGAGAAGGGUGAGGAGUAACCCCACGCCACACCCUCCGGGGUGCAGCUGCUAAGGAACUGGGCAGUGACCCUCCAGCCCUCUUCUCCCUCCACCUCCUGGGCCUGGGUCUGGUACGGCCUGCCUCUCCCUGCCCCAGGCCUCUAGUUAAGCCUUCUCCUGACUGCCCCCUCGGCUUCCAGGGCCAGAGGAGCCAGGGACUGUUCUUGCACCAGCCCCCAGGGCACUGCCCCGUGGUCUUUUCAGACCCACAAGGAACUUCCAGGACCCAGAAUAAAGCAAUGCUUUUCUUGUUUCA